AUGGACAAAAAAGGAAAUUAUUUAGCCACGUACGCUGUGGUCACUGAAGUCGCGUCAGCAAAGCGGAGAGCCAACUCAAUGGAACACGGCCCGGCAACCACUCAAUUCGCUAGAAAACCCUUAACCCUUUCCCCUCCUACCAUCCCUGCAAAAGAUGGCUCUCGUCCCUCUGUUCCGCUUCAGAGUUCACCAGAUCCAGCGGAGGACAUUGGCAAACUCACAUCCUCAGAAUUACCUCCUAUACAUUGUAAAUUGUCUCCUCCGCCCUCGCAGACUGUACUCCCACCUCAGCCAUCCUCACCGUGUUCCCCGCUAACCCAGUCUCCAACUGGAAUGAACAAUUCUCAAGCCAAGACAGCACGAAAGUCUGCACACAUAUCUGCCAACCGAGGAGAUGGACACACGUCUUCGGGCAAUGUGAGUAGAAGAACCUCUGUCCACCAGGGCCCAAAGUCUUUGAUGGAUGGGAAUGGGUCAGCUUCGCCCGGCGAAAAUAAUUGUGCGAGCUCGACAAGUGAGUCGGGCAUCUUGGCGCGAGGUUCGGUCUCGGCUACUAGGGUCAUUGUGAGUCCUUUGUGCACAUUGCAACCUAUAAUCUCAAGCUUACUUGUUUUACCUGAUAGAACCCAACCACACAGCCCAAUAUUUAUUCACCCUCGAAAGAAUUGCAUCAGAGUGCGUCAUCAUCAAGCCGGCAGGGCAUACUCUCUCAGCAUGCCCGCUCGCCAUCAUGGUCCCCCCCAGUACCCGUUAGUGGGGGUAAUGUGGGGAGCACAAGUAAAACUGGCCGGCGGAAGAUGGCAACCUUUAAAGCCGCUGCAAUCGCCCGAGAACCAGGAAUGAAUGUGGAUGGCACUGCAAAGAAGAAUCCUCGGAAACAUCAUAUCGACAAACCCGAGGAGAGAAAGGCGAAAAGGAAUCGACCGGAAAGAGAGGGAAUGCAUAAAUUUUCGUCCAAUCCACUGGGCAAUUCUAAUCCUCGCUCAAAAUCAUCUCGUCCUCCUGCCAGAAGUAACCCGCCCUCUAGGCAGCCGGCCGAGAGAAAUCCCUCCUUUUCAGCUCCACUAAUCCCCACGGGAGUUCACCAAUCCCAGCCUGGAUUUUCCCAAGUGGGUCAAUCAUCGGGAUCGCCAGCGACUCCCCCCAAAAGGUUUGUUGAUGCGAUUAGUAUAUCAUCGUCUUCCCCGAUGUCACCUGCGGCUUCAACUGAUCAUGCCGCGAACGCAUCUGGAGGGAGGGCCAUCAUAAUUUUGAGCCCUGAGAGCAGUCUUGGGGCGGGUGGGCUAGUAAGCGAACCUGGAAGCUUCGUUGAGUGCUCUAUACGUGGCUCCGAGCUUGGUGGCCGCUCGCCAUCCUUUGGAUCUGAUGAAGGUGAGCCAUUUUACACAUGAUUGGGCUUCGCGCUUUCAAUGAUUCGGAUAGUUUGGGCCUAGUUAUAAUGCCGCCCGGUUUAAGAGACCAGGUAGGUUUCGGACUAGGUUCCAGACUGCUGCUCUGUCAAGGGCAUUGCCAACGGGUGAUUCAGCCUUCGUGCCCUUGGGUAUGUGUAUCCUUCAGUGUGGCCAAACUCAGCUCUCGAAACAUUUGUAUGGUUGUACCCCUAUGGACGCAGGCUGGGGCUGUUGGGCUGGGCAAGGGCUGUCGUGGUGCCGACAAGCAGAUUGUCUCGGGCUCGGAGCAGGCCCUAUUGCAGAAUCGUGCUUAUUAUUGAUGUUGAAGGGAUCACGCUAACAAUUUCUUCUCCCGUUGUAGGAGUGAGAGGCACAAACUGUAAAUAUGGAGUACGGGGGAGGGUCCCGGGAGGUACUUAUUCACCGGUACCGCCGUGGUGUUAAAUUUUACCCAAAUAUCUGACGUCCAUGCUCUCUACAGAACCUAUGCUCACUGAUGGUCUCGAACGGAAACUCAAAGAGAUUCUACCUAUUGCCAACGAAUUUUAUGAGAAAAAUCCCGAGUUAGGGGUUCGGUUCCCACGACAGCGGUUCGAUGAUUUUCUUAACAAAAAAGAUGGUGCGCAAGCGGAUGCACGAUUUCAGUUUUUGAAAAAAAACCUGAGAACGUAUACAAGUGAUAAACGUGCUCUCAAUUGGGAGGAGGUCCUUACUGGAGACUUUGAACCCAAUGACUACCAAUGGGCUUUGACGGACCAUCUUGAGGUUUGGGGACUACACCCUCCGACGGUGGCUAUUGGAAAGCGGCCUGAAGAAGGAUCCCCCGAGUUUCCUAAAGAAAAGAGUCCCCGUGAAGACCUAGAUUCCAGAACCGAAGCAUCUCUAGAGACCGGGGAAAUGAAUGCAUCGGGAAUGAGCCCGAAAGACGAGCCGAUCCCAGGCCAGACUGGGGUGCAGAGGGUGGAUUUGUGCCAGCAACCUGAAGCCCUGCCGCUGCCCGCGGUAGGGCUAAUGCCCUUCUCUCCCGUGGGUCCCAUUAGGCGCUGGCCACCCGAAAAUUUGACGCGUACUCCAACAGAAACCCCUCGCCCCGUUUCCCCUUCGCCCCAGGAGACUCCAAAGGAUGCUGGCAAACAAAUCUCUCGGUUGGAGCUUCGAGAUAGUUGCAUAGGGGAUCAAUCCAGUUCGGCAACCUCAACCACCCCUCCAACUUCUCAACCCUUCGGGCAUUCUGCAAGGGCAGGGCGCAAGAAGCUCACACGCCCUUUGCCAUCGGAGUUCGCUGGUGAGAGUCAGUCUGUGGUAGAAGCUCGAUCCAGGGUUCUCUCCAAUGGUUCAAGGCAGUCCAAGAAUCCAGUUUUCCAGAGAAUAAGUGGCCUUCGUGCUCGCGAGCAUUCGAUCUGGCGAGAACUUAGCGAUGUCGCGAAGAAAGUUAAAGAGAAGGAUAUUGAAUUUGAAAAGAUGAUUGAAAAUGCAAAAGUCCCCAUCGGUGACGAAAUGGACCCUGAUCUAGACUCCGGCCUAGAAGCCGAUAGCGUCAUUCCUCUCGAGAAUGAGAGCCAGAAGGUAUCGCCAGACUGGGAGGCCCUAUGGAAUAUCCACACGGAUCAGCGUUGCUUCCACGAAAAAAUGAAGCAACAGGAAAUGCGACUUGUGAGGGAAGGGAGCAUCAUAAACGUGGAGAUAAAGGAACUUCAGAAGCGUACUGGUGAACAGGCAGCAAUGGUGAAUCGGGUGGCGCAUCACUCACCUCAGGGCACUGAAUCAGUCAUCGGAGACGACGAUUCGACCCUCCAAACUAAAUCUUCCUCAGCGACGAGGUCUUUCGAUGAUUUGCGAGAUGCUCCAACUUUCGGAGGCCACAGAUCGAUCUUCGGGAUCCCGAUGGGCGACUCCCUCGUUGAAGGGCUUAAACUGUGGUCUGGACAAUCUGACACCCUAGCCCCUGUUGUUACAAGUAGCGUCGCUGCCGAGGCUUCUGAGGCGGCUAGGGCCAAGAAAAGGACUAGAAGGAGGAGGAUGGGGUGGUAAUGUGUAUACAUUUUUCUUGUGUAAAUAUUCUAAUCAGGGGGUUGCAUUGUAUUCGCUAGUUGUCAGCGGAGUCUCUAUCUUCAUCCCGUGUUUUUGUCUUUAUUUUUCUCGUCCGGUAUUUUUCCUCAGAUUCGCCGUCAUAGCACUACAAUUGAUACUACUCUUCGUUAGCGCUCAUGACUAUACCCUUCUCUUUUAUAUACUGUUGCGUUGGAUUUCACCUUCUUGGUUUCUUUCAUAUAUUUUUUCUCUUCUCCCUUUCCAGAUUCCAAUUUGAGCGGGAGAAGAUAGUUUUUUUUAUUGGCGUUGCGUUUCGGCAAGUUAUUCAGGGAGACAUUUAUUACGACAAUUUGAGAUGCAUAUGCGGGGCGAAAAGUUUAGGCCCUUCCG